AUGUUGGGAAGUUUAGAAUUAGGAAAGGCAUAUUUAAUUGAUAAAUUAACUGAAACUCAAAAAUGGUUACUUGAUGAUUUAAUUAAUUUUGGUUUAGCUUAUAGAAGAAAGAAAACCUCUUCAAGAUAUUAUCCAACAAGAUUGGCUACAACUUUAACAUCGGGAAAUUCAGCUAUUGGAUCCACUAGUUUAGUUGGUGGAUCGUCGUCAUCAUCAUCGUCAUAUGUUACUACUGGUGGAAAUGAAAGCGGAGUUAAUGAUCAAGGAUUCAUCAUUAUUGAAACCAAUUAUAAAUUAUAUGCUUAUACUGAAUCAUUAUUACAGAUUUCAGUUAUAAAAUUAUUUUGUGAAUUGCAAAGUAGAUUUGCAAAUAUGGUAUAUGCUAAUAUAACAAGAGAUAGUAUUAGAUCAGCUUUAAGGCACGGAAUCACUGCUAAUCAAAUAAUAUCGUAUCUAACAAGUCACGCACAUCCACAAAUGAAAAAACAAAUGCCGUUACUACCACCUACAGUUGUAGAUCAAGUUAGAUUAUGGGAGAUAGAACGUAAUAGAUUGUCUAUUGAUGACGGAUAUUUGUAUAAUGAUUUUAGAACUCAAGCAGACUUUGAUAUGCUUUUAAAAUACUGCAGGAAGCUAAAUAUAGUGCUAUGGCAUAGUGAACAAAAGCGUAUGUUUUGUGUAACAGAGAAAGGUCAUGAAUAUGCAAAAAAAUUUAUAAAUAAAAGAAUUGCUCAAAGAAAAGCCGAUGUUGGUAGCGGUGAAUUUAAUUAUUGUUAUUAUAAAUAA